AGAAUCACCACACAUGCAUCAACACAGAGAAUCAAAUUAAGGAAAUUCUUUUUUGUUGCCCUUCUAUAGAGGUUAGCUAAAAUGGUGAGGCCUAAAGUAAGCAGAGAAAAAAAACUCAAUGGUGACCGUUACAAAGGUGUACGUAUGAGGAAAUGGGGUAAAUGGGUAGCAGAAGUACGACAACCUAAGAGCCGUGACAGAAUAUGGUUAGGUUCAUACGACACGGCUGAGGAGGCCGCAAGAGCUUACGAUGCUGCGGUUGUUUGCUUACGUGGACCAUCGGCGAUGAUUAAUUUCCCAGAUGAUCCGCCACUGAUUAAUCCAUCAUGUCCUGAUGAUGAGACAACGUUGUCACCAUCACAAAUUCAAGUGGAAGCUUCGAGACAUGCCAGGAGAGUUAGUGAAUCCGAAUCCACAGCUGCUGCCAUGGACAACCACGGCGGAUCAGCUGUGGAGAGUGCUGUGUUUUUUAGGGAUGCUUCGGAGUUUGGGUGUUCGAGUUUUGAGGAUUGUUAUAACUUGGAGGAUAAGAGAUGUGUGGAUCAUCAUGGUGAAGGAGUUGAUGAAGUAGUGUUGCAUGAUGAUUUGUUUGAUAGUGCUAGAAUGUGGUCUUUUUGAUUAAUUAAAAAGUAAGACUUUCUCAAUGACUUUUUAGUUCCAACUACUAGUACUAAAUUGUUGCUUGUUAGGUUACUAGUACGUGGUUGUAUUGGACUACAUUUAAAUUUAUUCUACUUUAACUAAUUUUAGAGUG